CGACAAGUGGAAUAGCUGGGAUGACCUGCCUAAUGAAUUCGUGCAACAAUUUCAAUACAAUAUGGAGUUGAUUCCUGAUGAGAAAUUCCUAACUAAUAUGAAGAAAAAGAGUACUGAAACUUUCAGAGAGUAUGCGAUUAGAUGGCGUGAACAAGCUGCUAAGGUGAAACCGCUAACAAAAGAAAGUUAGGUAGUGAAGGCGUUUAUUCAAACGCAGGAUGAAACAUAUUAUCAACACUUGUUACCUGCAUUAGGCAGGCCAUUUAUUGAGGUCCUCAAAAUGAGGGAGAUGAUAGAGGAUUGAAUUAAGACCGGUCGCAUUGUGAGUUUUGCAAUAUUGAAAGCGACUGCUCAAGUAAUUCAAAAAUGUUCGGGAAGUGUUGGAGGAAACAAGAAUGAGGAAGAUGCAUCUGCCAUUGUAGUUGGACAACAAGCAUGGGCGAGAGGACCACACCAUCGUUACCCAUGGGCUCAAACCCAAGUUUAUGCCCAAGCUCCACAGAAUCUUUCCCAAAAUCCAUUAUAUUCCAAUCCCCUAUCUCCAUAUCAAGUGUAUGAUGCACAACCAUAUGUUCAACCCCCAUCUUACCCACACUGGCGCGUGCUAACUCUAUCGAGUCAUCCUCUAACUCCACAUACAUACCGAAGCCCUUCUAGGCCUGGUUUUCAAUUUAAGCCAAACAAUGAAAUGAGACAGAAGUCGAGGGAUCGUUUUACACCAAUCGGAGAGUCAUAUGCCAGUUUAUUUCAGAGAUUAGUACAACGGGACAUAAUCACUCCUCUUCUUGGGUAUACUCCUGACCCGCAUUCAAGAAAUUUUGAUCCUAAUGUACAAUGUGCAUAUCAUUCUAAUGUUCAAGGUCACAGUAUUGAAGACUGUCGUGCCUUGAAAAGAGAAAUAGAAAAGAUAAUUCAAGAUAAAUCGAUUAUGGUGCAGAACAUUGAUAGCGAGGAAAGCUCUAGUCAUGCUGAUAUGCAAACCAGUGGCUAAGUUGUCAGGAUGAGCAAUUGAGAAGUCACCCCUCUCCCUAUUAGGAAGAGGUUUGGUAGUUUAUUUUUUUUACUUUUUUCUUUUUCGAAUUAUUUCAGGGUUGUAGUUCGGGAUCUAUCUUGUUUUGUCCUUUUGUCGUUUAUGUUCAACCCCUUCUAUCUUUUAUUUCAACUAAAUGAAUUGUCCCUUUUCCUUUGUAUUCUAAAAUAUGUGUUGUUUGUUUGUUUUCUUUAUACAAUACAUUUUAUGUUGACUCUAGUGAUAUGACAUGCUUGUGGAAUUUUUUGCUAGAUCUUAAAAUCCAGUUUAAGCAUAAACAUUGAAUUAGAGGGUUAAAAUUAGAAAAAGAGAGCAUCUGAGAAAAUAGAUAGAGUGUUGGGGCAUUUGGUGAUUAAGUUAAAGUUUCUUUGAAAAUUAAGACAAUUAUUUUUAGAAUCGUGAGAAUAACUUGGUCAUUAAUUGAAAGACAUAUCUCAAUUAAGUCAAGCAGUGAAUGCACGAUCCUAUGUCAAAAGAAACAGAAAGAAAAUCAUCUCCACGAAGUCAUGAGUCCUUUAGCAUGAGGAAUGUACAACGAAAGUGGAGUUGUAUGUUUGACAACGGUAGAAGAAGAAUUGGCACACAUGCUCAGUUGAAGUUAGUGUUGUUAAAGUGUCACAAAUGAUCUUUAUCUUUUAUUUCAUAUUGCAUGAUAUGUACUUACAUUUUCAAGGAUUGAUAUGAUGAAGACGUUUCAUUCUGAUAUUCAAAGAUUGUGUCAUUCUUUGUUUACCCCAUUUAAACUUAUUUUUAUUUUCUUUCAUAUCCCUAUUUUGAAAUCAAGAUAAAAUCAGUAAAAUUCAAAAGAAAAGUAUCGAGCAAACAAAUAGAGUCAUAAUUUUUUUAUUUUUUAUUUUUAAAAAGAAGAGUAGGACCAAUGAAUUGAAAAGUCAAUGUUGAUUCGCCAACCCCAUCAAUAUAUAAACCACGCUAGUGCAACAAGUUGAUACGUAUCCCAAGAGGAUAAAAAUGGAAGCAACUUGGUUGAAUAGUACUUCACUCACUAUUUUGUUUUUACUUGUAGUUGUGAAGCUCGUAUCCUCAAAAAGAAGAAAAUUCAAUGUCCCACCAAGCCCACUACUUAAACUCCCAUUAAUAGGCCAUCUCUAUCUCCUUACACCUCCUCUAUAUCGCACUCUUGCUAGGCUCUCAACUAAAUAUGGCCCUGUGUUCUCCCUUCAAGCUGGUACCCGUCUUGUUGUGGUGGUUUCCUCCUCAUCUGCUGCAGAAGAAUGUUUCACCAAAAACGACACCGUUUUUGCUAAUCGCCCUCGCUUAAUUAUAGGAAAGUACAUAGGCUAUAACUAUACUACUCUCGUUGGUUCCCCUUAUGGUGAUCAUUGGCGCAACCUUCGCCGCCUCUGCGCACUCGAAAUAUUCUCCACUAAUCGUCUCAACAAUUUUCAGCCCAUUAGACAACAUGAAAUCAAGUUUCUAGUUCACAGAGUGUUUCACAGCUCUGGCGACAAUCCUGUUGAACUUAAGUCCAAGUUCUUUCAGAUGUCGUACAAUAUUAUCAUGAGAAUGGUAGCUGGAAAGAGAUAUUACGGUGAAGAGGUAGAUACCGAGGAGGCAAAUCAUUUUCGGGAGCUUGUUGAAGAGGUUAUUACUUAUGGGGGUGCAUCAAAUCCUGCGGAUUUCAUGCCUGCAAUAUUUAAGUUGUUUUUCAGGAGUAUCGAGAAGAAUUUAGCCAGGAUUGGUAAAAAGAUGGACGCGGUCUUGAAACGUUUGAUUGAUGAACACCGUCGUGAUAAAAGCAGGAAUACCAUGAUUGAUCAUUUGCUCUCUUUGCAAGAAUCACAACCAGAAUAUUACACUGAUCAAAUCAUUAAAGGAAUUAUAUUGGUCAUGUUGAAUGCGGGGACUGAAACAUCAUCGGUGACAAUAGAAUGGGCAAUGUCUCUUCUACUCAACCAUCCAGAGGUGUUGGAGAAGGCCAGAACUGAAAUAGACAACCAUGUGGGUAGGGAUCGUUUAGUGGACGAAGCAGAUUUACCUAAGCUGAAAUACCUUCAGUGUAUCAUCUUGGAGACACUCCGGUUGUAUCCAGCAAUACCAAUGCUAGUGCCUCAUCAAUCAUCUGAGGACUGCAAGGUUGCUGGCUUCCACAUUCCUCGUGGCACGAUGCUGCUGGUGAAUGCUUGGGCCAUCCACAGGGACCCCUUACUUUGGGAGGAUCCAGAUAGCUUCAAGCCAGAAAGGUUCGAAGAUGUGGAAGUGGAAUCAUGGAAGCUAUUGCCAUUUGGAAUGGGAAGGAGAGCGUGCCCAGGUGCUGGACUUGCUCAACGUGUGGUUGGUUUAGCUUUAGGAACUUUGGUGCAGUGUUUUGAGUGGCAAAGGGUAAGCGAAGAAAAGGUUGAUUUGAAGGAAGGAAAAGGUAUCACUAUGCCAAAAGCCAAGCCACUCAUGGCUAGGUGCAAAGCUCGUGACAUUGUUCACAAAGCUCUUUAACAAAUAUCCUAAUGUUUCUAGCGUCUUUCUUGUAUUUUGUACUUGCUCCAUACCGUUAGAAAGGUUUGAAUUAGUAAUGUAAUUUGUGUUUUCAUUCUCUCCUAUAAUAUGCACUAUCUAGAAUUCUCAUUUGUCAA